AUGUUUGAACACGCCAACAUCUUUGACUGUGUAGUGACCAGACCGACGACGCUGUUUGGUCGGUCGGGCGGUACUACUCCUACUUUUUCCGCGCUGGCAGACUUUGCAAAGGCCAAUUCCCCGGAGGGCAUCCUUCGCAUCAGCUCGACGCCCUGCUCCAGCCUCCACAGCACACACGUGGACGAUGCCGCUGCGGCUUACCUUGCCAUAGCCACGACACGACGUGAUAUCGUUACAGGCCAGAUUUAUAACAUCUCGAACAAUCGUUACGAAACCCUUGGGGAGAUUGUCGCAGUGGUUGAAAAAACUCAUGGCAUCAAGGUAGUGUAUGCUGACCCAAACGAAACCCCUGAAAAGUCCCCCGUCAUCAACGCGUUGUGCAAUUUCUCCCAGUGGGUCGACUCCGCCAAAUUCGUGCUCACACCGGAUGGAUCGACAGAAAGCCUCUGUUUCAAGAUGGCUACAGUGUGUACAAGGCCGCAUUUGGGAUCGCCGAGACAGCAGCGACGGAACAAUACGAAAGGGUAA